AUGGGAGUAGCAAAUACAAUGGGAGCACUGAGAGAGACAUGGUGGAUACCAAAGAUGAGAACAUUGGUCAAGAGAGAAAUCAGGAAUUGCAAUGUGUGCAAAGUAUUUUCUGCAAAACCAUUUGAAGCACCAGCAACAGCUGCGCUCCCAAUGUUUCGUACAGUUCAGAGCCUGCCAUUCCAGAACACAGGUGUUGACUUUGCCGGGCCUCUCAAGUGCAGGGGGAGUACAAGCAAAGAAGAGAUCAAAGUUUACGUGAUUAUUUUCACUUGUGCUGUGAUGAGAGCAGUUCAUUUAGAGGUAACAAGGUCACAAACUGCUGAAGAAUUUCAGAGGAAGUUAAAUGCGUUCAUUACAAGGAAAAUGAGACCAGAGGUCAUAGUCUCUGACAACGCAAGUGUUUUCAAGACAACAGCUGAGUGGAUAAAAUUGAUACGAAAAAGUGAAAAAUUGCAAGACCAUUUGGCAACUCUAGGCAUCACUUGGAGGUUCAACUUGUCGAAAAGUCCCUGGUGGGGGGCGAUGUAUGAAAGAUUAAUUAAGGAUUUAAAGAAGACAUUGUACAAAACCCUUGGAAAAACGCAUUUGCAAUUUGAACAACUGGAAGCAGUCAUCAUGGACAUAGAGAGGCAUUUGAAUAACAGGCCAUUGACAUAUGUAGAAAGUGAAAGUGGGGAGGAGCAAGUGCUAACACCUAACAAAAUCAUGUGGGGGAAGGAUUCACAUACAUUUGAAGAUGUGGAGGUAGACGAAGAAAGAGUGACCAAGAUGUAUAAGAGAUUGAAGAAUGCGAAAGAGCACGUGUGGUCACGUUAG